ACGUCACCGCCGCUCGCUCCGGCCAGGCAGUUGCUCCCGGAGCCUGGGUGCCAGGCGGCUGCAGCGGAGCCCCCUUCUCCGAGCGCCCCGCGCCCCGCCCGGGGCUGUCGGGCCCCCGCCCCGCCCGGCCGCGAUGCCGUCGGACCGGCCCUUCAAGCAGCGGCGGAGCUUCGCGGAUCGUUCGAAAGAGGUGCAGCAGAUCCGAGAGCAGCAUCCAAGCAAAAUCCCGGUCAUCAUUGAAAGAUACAAGGGGGAGAAGCAGCUGCCUGUGCUGGAUAAGACCAAAUUUCUAGUCCCCGACCAUGUCAAUAUGAGCGAAUUGGUGAAAAUUAUCCGGCGCCGCCUGCAGCUGAACCCUACCCAGGCCUUCUUCCUGCUGGUGAACCAGCACAGCAUGGUGAGUGUCUCCACCCCCAUCUCGGAGAUCUACGAGCAGGAGAAGGACGAGGACGGCUUCCUCUACAUGGUCUAUGCCUCGCAGGAGACCUUCGGCUAUUGAGACGGAUGCGCAGCACGUGGAGACAAACUGAAACUGUUGCACACGGCCCCCACCCCCUCACCCCGGGAAGAUGACGUGGCCAGAGGCUCACGGCGCAGGAGCUGUGCAGACCCCCUGCCCCCGCCCCCAUAUCGAUGUCACCCCUGUAAAGGCACAGACAAAGCUAGUGCCCUGUGUUUGACUCAUGCCUCCUGUCCCCCAUCCCCCUGCCCCAGGCACAGCACUAGUCCCUCACCUCCCCCACCCCACCUCCUCCUCAGCAGGGACUUCAGCCGUGUGUGUGUAUUUGUUCUUAGCCUAAUGCCAAAUCAGCCGGGGCUGGUGAUGGGGAGUCAGGGGGGGCGGCCAUCUCCUUGACUUGUAGUGCGGUGGGGGGGCGGGGGGCUUGUCCUCUGAAAAUCUAAUAAAGGGCAGGAAGUCUGCAAAAAACAAGCCAACAAACAAUCAUUGCUCUUGAGUUUUAAUUGAUUUUAAUUACACGCAUAUCAAAUUCUUGGUGCUACCGAGUAGGUGUAGGCGUCUGUAGGACUGUGGAUAAUGUAUAUCUGUUAGAUUUAUUUUGUUAUUGGUUUUUAUUUUUUAACCGGGGGCGGGAGGGGAAUAAUUUGCCUGUAUUCUGUAGAUAAAUAAACUGAGCUUCUUUGCACUUUAAAAUGCAGCAGAGUGGAGUUAGCCUAAUUUAUACAGCUCUGACACGUAGAGCACUGCUUCUCUGGCAACUUUUCCACCUUGAUUUCCUUUGUUUUUCUUCUUUGGAAUUGUUUUAAAAAAAACAACAACAAAAAUUAAAACUCCCCUCCCCCCUCUCUCUCUUGCAUGGGGUGUUUUGGUCCCGUUGUGGCAGAGACCCUUUACUUGAGGAAUGUACUGAUUUACCUUUUUUCAUGUACUAUACCAAAAGAAAUGUAUAUGAAAAAACCCCACCCAGUUAAAGUGAUACAAAAGUCUAUAUACGUAUACAUACAAAUAAAUAUGAAUUCAA